GUGCCAGCAGUGGGGCCGGCGCUGAGAGUGACUAAAUUCUCUCUCCCUCUCCGACCGCCGCAGGCCAAAGAGGUGAUUCUGCCUGCAUGAUGUCCUCCUUGCUGGAGGCGAGCUCUUUGCAGGCGCCACAUCGCGAUCAAAAAGAGAAAGAAAAAAAGAAAAGGAAACGUGGAAGAAGCAGCCAGGCUUUCGCCCGAUUCUCGGUACCGUGUCGGUGCUGGCGCCGACAAAUGGAGGUCCCACUGAGAUCGGAGAAGAAAGGGGGUACCACCUACGGGACGUCCCUGGAGCCUGGCCGGCAUAGGAGAAGGGACGGAUUGGAGGCUUUCGCCCGAUUCUCGGUACCGUGUCGGUGCUGGCGCCGACAGCUCUGCUCUCCAGAGUCAGCAGAAAUGGCAUGCAUCAGCAACACUGAGCCAGGAGAUGGAGACAUUAAUUCAGUGUGCUAGCUAGCUGGUGGCUUUAGGGAAGAAGAGAGGAACCUGGUAGCUGGUUUGGUCCAAGCAAGGUGCUUUCCCUGUGCUCUGCUGGAGGCAUAAACUCCGUGAACUGAAAAUAGCCAAGAAAACAACUAUAAUUUCCUCCUUGCUUCCUACAAAGGAUUGAACAAAAAUGCUCAGGCCCUCCCGGGCGAUCAUAAAGAAGUUUAAAAUUUCAAAUAUUAUUAAAUAUGUUUUGGUAGGAAGGCAUCAUCCCAAAAUGUCAUCAGAACUGGAGGAACUCAAAUUUGAAAUCCAGAAAUGUAAAUUCGAGAGGCAUGAACUUUAUCAAAUCCUGGACCUUUAUAUCUAUGAUGAUUGGGACUACAGCAUCAGGCACUCCCAGCUCCUGUGUGAACAAACUCAAUUGAAGAACCAUAUACAGAUUUUGCUGAAUGAGAACAGAGAACUGCUGGUGGAGCAGUCUGAACUGCCAGCAUCCUAUUUGGAGGCAAAGGGGUUCUGUGAAGAGUCCAGAAUGAACAUCUGUGUCCACAGUGCCAAGCAACAGCAGGCUUUCGCCCGAUUCUCGGUACAGUGUCAGUGCUGGCGCCGACAAAUGGAGGUCCCACCGAGAUCGGAGAAGAAAGGGGGUACCACCUACGGGACGUUCCUGGAGCACGGCCGGCAUAGGAGAAGGGACGGAUUGGGGUAAGAUGGGCCAGAAAAGGCCUGGAUGAUUUGGGCUAGCCUCAGUAAAUCUUGUCAUAAAAAAGGUACAAGGUAACGGUAAAGUGUUUUUGCAUAUGCGUUCUGUUAGAGUUAUAUUUUAGUCUUUGGACCCUGACUAGAGAUAGUUUACACCCUAGACAUGAGAGAGAAUGGGUUUGGGAAAAACAGUCCUCCCGGACUCUCCGAGGUUGCUUUGGAGAAGGAGAAAAACCUUUUCAGAGCACUCCUAGGAACAGAGGGAAAGCAGGAGACGUCCUACCUCUCUGCUGGCUCCUAUUGGAGAAAUGCUUAUUUCUGGUUCUGGGUUCCAUAGGUAGGAUAUGUGUGUCCCUUUGGUGGGACACCAUCUAGUUUUUUCCCUUUAUGUCUAUUGUCUGUCCUUGGUGUACCAAGCUGUCCAUGUCUGUCAGUUUAUGUCUGUGGUUUUUGUUUCUCUUGUUUAAAUGUUUUAUGUUUCAUGUUCAAAAGAAAAAAUGGUAAAAACUUUAUCUGUCAAUCGUUCACAUCUUGAUUUGGUUUUAACUCGUUUCAAAAAGGAAAAAAUGAAUAAAGAGCAGUUUCAAUCGGCCUUUAGAGCCCUGCACCUGUAGCUAGGAGCAUAGGUCAGCUGGAGAAGCUGCCCGGGGGUGAGCGUCUACAUGAGCUGAUCUUAAAGGCGCCAGCAGCUCCUCAGCUUCUAUGUUAAGGGAGCGGAUGGUUGUUUCUCUUAGAAAAAUCCCUGACUUAUUCUUAGCAGGUGACAAGGUGCAUCUCUUAAUAGUACAGCUAGAAAAAGUAAAAAUGGUGCUUGGUCUAAAUAUUAAAGAUAUGUGUAGCCACUUCAAUUUUGUUUCUUAUUGGUUUUAAAUGUAUAAAUAUGCUCUACAUGCCUUGGUUAUGGACUAUUGGCUUUUAAGUUAUAGGAUAUGGUUAAAAAGGUAUAAUGUCAGUACCAAAAAGUUGACAUAAAGCUGGUAAUUUGGAUAAAGUCAUUCUACACAACAUGCAGCCUGAGCCAACCUAGGGAAAUAGGUCUAAAUUGAGAAAAUAUUUUUAUGGAACGCUUAUUCUAGAAACCAGGCUUCUAAAAGAAUUUAGGACAAUGUCUCUUUGUUGAGGUAUUGGAGACCACACCAUCGUGCAUUCAUAUGUAGGAAUUGGCAGUCAAACUUUGUAGCAUGAAGGAUAGACUCGGUGUUUUGGAGACUGGAUUUUGGAGACUAGAUUGUUAGAGGUUGAGUUUUGCUUUCUAAAGUUGUGGUUUGCCCUGAAGUUAUCUGUAUUUUAAUGCUAAUUCCACUGCCCCAAGGACAGCUGCCUAGUCACAUACUCAGAACUCUGGUGACUUCCCUAAGUUGUGGUUGUGCUCUGGUGUUUCAAGGAGAAUUUAAGGAUUGUGAUUAAGGAUUGCCAGUGUUACAUUGACUAACUCAAACUUAUUUAUAAUUGAGAAAAAAAUCAAACAGGUAGAGAUUGUUACAGGAUUUACGAAGGAUUGAUGAGGUUUUAGAACUUGUGAGAGCAUUACAGCCUGUUUGCUUACUUCAACCGCUAUUUCAAGAUAGAUUUAGAGGAUUGCUAACAGCCUUGUAUUAUGUAAUUUUGUCGCUUCUUCAAUGUAAAAAGUUAGAACUUUAAAUCUUUCAGUGUAUAUGGAAAUUUUUACUACAAAUCUUUGCUCUCAAAAUGAGCUUUAAUAUUUGGGGAAUAGCUGUUACACUACUCCAGAAAA